AUGGAAUAAAAUACUAAGACUAAUUAAGAAUAUGUAAUACUAUAUUGAUUAUAUAAGUUUAAAAAACUAAAGCUUAUACAGAAGAAGAUGAAUGAUGUGAAAGCUGAUCAGAGUCCUACUGUGAUUAAAUAUAUGGUGAGAAGAAAAAGUGCUGAAGAAAUUCAAUUACCUUUGCAUGAUGUUGAAUAUAAUAAUCAACCAUAAAAGAAAUAGUUAUUUUUCUUUAAGAACUUCUAAAAAGUGACAAUAGAUCCUCAUAUAAAAUUGGAUGAAAUUAAUGAAGAAAAAUGGACAAUUAUGACUAAUAAUUAUAAAUCACUCAUAGAGAAAUCUCGUUAAAGUCUAAUGAAACAUAAUGAAAGUGGUGAGACUUAAUUCCAUAAUAAGGAACCACGUAAAAUGUAAUUCAUUACAAGAAGAUAGUCUAUUGAAUAUCGAUUACGUGAAAUUGUUACUGUCCCUAGCAAUCAUACCUCAGUCUCACCUUUGAAAUUAAAUACUCAAUCAAAUAUCUAAAACUCAAUUGAUCCUACAUAUGCUCGAUUCAAAAAAUAUUAUUAAAGAAUAGGUAUUCCCUCUGAAAGCCCUGUUAAAUUGAGACUAUAGAAAACAAUGUCUACUACUAUAUCAUAAUAAUAAAAGAAAGACAAGAGUUCACAUUUAAAUAAUUCCCUUAAUCAUUCUCCUUCUUUACCUCUUUCAAAAGUAACUAAUAUCAAAAAAACAAAUAAUCAUAUUUAAUACCUUAAAGAAAUUAAUGAGAUAUGUUCUAUAGCAUCUAAUUAUCAUGCAUAAGUUAAAUAAGAUGAAAAAAAUCAAAUUUAACAUACAAGUUAAUAGAUUGGAUAUAUUUAAGCUGAAUUCAAUAAAUUUCAUAAUAUGUUGACAUCUGAUUUAGAAACUGUCAAUUUCAUUGAUGAUAAAAAGUGA